AUGGGUUGCUCUGCCUGCAACCUGCCCUCCCUCACCCCACCGCCCUCCUCCACGGCCACCGCCACCACGUUCCCCGCUACAACCUCUACCCGAUUGAUCGCCUUCCCCUCCCGGCACCACCGCACAGACAAACGAUUAGCUCUUCACUUCCAAUUGCUCAAGCCCAACCGCUUCCCCCAUUUCACUCCACUCACUUACUCCGUCUCACCCCUCAGCUACUACGACUGCUACGGGGACCGCGACGGCGGUGAUGGAAGAGGCGGAGAUGGUGGCGGCGGCGGCGGCGGCGGCGGGGAUUAUUGGAGCAACAACAAUUUCUUCAAUUUUGACGGGAAAGCGCUUAUUCUCCUGCCCUUUCACUUCAUAUUUGGCGACAGAGAAGACUCGUAUUCCGUAUAUCUCCCCAGACACGUUAAUGGGCUACUCAUUUCCAUAUCAGCUUUCUUAAGCUACUUGGUCUUUUCGCCUUCCGAGGCGCGAGCAAAGGCUGAGGAUUUAUCAGAUAAUCACGAGGAAGUUUUAUUCGAGAUCAGGGGUGGAAAGAGAGUUGAGCUAGUCCCAGAUUAUUCCAAAGACGAGUUCAUCGUCCCCGAUAGCUUGUGGGCUUGGUGGUCAAAAGGCGACAAGUCUAAGUAUGGGUUGAGUUUGGGCGAUGUUUGGAUUAAAUGUAGGGGUUUGGUUGAGAGUGUGAUGCUCCCGGAGGGGUUUCCGGAGAGUGUUACGAGUGACUACCUCGAGUAUUCUCUCUGGAGAGGGGUUCAGGGGAUUGCUGCUCAAAUUAGUGGUGUGCUUGCAACUCAGGCUUUGCUUUAUGCUGUUGGUUUAGGAAAGGGGGCAAUUCCUACAGCAGCUGCUGUGAAUUGGGUCCUCAAGGAUGGAAUUGGUUAUAUCAGUAAGAUAAUGCUGUCAAAGUAUGGACGACAUUUUGAUGUUAAUCCAAAGGGUUGGAGGCUUUUUGCUGAUUUUCUGGAAAAUGCUGCAUUUGGAAUGGAAAUAAUGACUCCUGCAUUCCCACAUCUUUUUGUUCCAAUUGGUGCGAUUGCUGGAGCUGGAAGAUCUGCAGCUGCAUUAAUUCAGGUCGUAAUAAGUUUGGCACUCUCUUUAAUUGUUGAUUUGGAAGCAAUGACUGUAAUGUUUCUUAAUGAAUUUGUGACUACGAUUACGCCUUUCAACUUAUAG